AUGGCAGGGUCGGUGUUGGUUUUUGAGUUUGACACGACAAUUAUCGAAUGCCACAGUGAUUAUUGGGUUGAGGAAGAGUUCGGUGUUACUGAUCUCUUCACUCAACUCCGGCCCAAUUUCCCCUGGAACACUCAUGUUUUUCGGGAUAGAAUGAUCGUGGAGGCCCAGUCGACGGAACUGGGCGACGAAGAAAAGCUUGGAGAAGAUGAUUUUCUGAUGCCAUGGAAGAAUUUUGCAGUGUGGGAGCUGGUUUGCAGCAAUAUAAAGCUUAUCAGAGCAAAUAUACACGAAUUGAAUGAUGGGGAGGAGCUAGGCACUGUCCUGUCCAAUUUAAUUAACAAACUCUUCAGUGAAGAGAACUGCGCUGCAUGUGGGUGUUAUCAAAUUGUACCAGUUGAUUGCAAAUUCCACAAGAGUUCGGUCUAUCCCUAUCAAGCCUUUUGA